AAAAAUUACAAGAGAGAUCUUUAGGGUUGCAUCGGUAGCUUCAGAGGACAUGGAUUCUUCUACUGGUAAUGGGGCUGACCUUGAAUCAGCAAAUGGGAGUGGGGUUACUGAUGCAUUGCCACCUCCUCCGCCAGUCAUACCUCCCAAUGUUGAGCCAGUGCGGGUUAAAACCGAAGCGGCUGAGAAGAAAAACCUGAGAGUCCCUAUGGCUCGUCCUGGGUUUGGAUCAAAGGGUCAGAAGAUACAACUGUUGACUAAUCAUUUCAAAGUCAACGUCGCUAAUCUUCAAGGACAUUUCUACCACUACAGUGUGGCGCUCUUCUAUGAUGAUGGCCGUCCUGUUGAACAAAAAGGUAUUGGAAGAAAAAUCCUAGACAAGGUCCAUCAGACUUACCAUUCUGAUCUUGAUGGCAAAGAGUUUGCCUACGAUGGAGAAAAGACCUUGUUUACGUUUGGAGCUUUGCCUAGCAACAAGAUGGACUUCUCUGUGGUUCUUGAGGAAGUAUCUUCAACCAGGACUAAUGGAAAUGCAAGCCCCAAUAAUGGUAACGAAGAGCCAAGUGAUGGUGAUAGGAAGAGACUGCGUCGUCCUAACCGCUCCAAAAGCUUUAGAGUCGAGAUCAGCUAUGCAGCCAAGAUACCUCUACAAGCUCUUGCUAAUGCUAUGCGCGGCCAGGAAUCUGAGAACUCACAGGAGGCUAUAAGGGUUUUGGAUAUCAUCUUACGUCAACAUGCUGCUAGACAAGGCUGCCUGCUUGUGAGGCAAUCUUUUUUCCACAAUGACCCGAGUAACUGCGAACCAGUUGGUGGUAACAUCCUGGGAUGUAGAGGAUUCCACUCGAGUUUCCGAACCACGCAGGGAGGAAUGUCCCUUAACAUGGAUGUUACAACCACAAUGAUAAUCAAGCCUGGUCCGCUUGUUGAUUUUGUUAUUGCUAACCAAGGUGUAAAUGAUCCGUUUAAUGUUGACUGGUCUAAGGCUAAAAGGACGCUCAAAAACCUUAGGAUUAAAGUCAGCCCCUCAAACCAGGAGUACAGGAUCACUGGAAUGAGUGACAAGCCUUGCAGGGAACAGAUGUUUGAAUAUAGGCCAAGGAACGCACCGAAAAAUGAGAACAGAGAGUCUGAAACUGUUGAAAUAUCGGUGUAUGACUACUUCCUCAGAGAACGGAACCUGGAGCUGCAGUAUUCUGCGGAUUUGCCGUGCAUCAAUGUUGGGAAACCAAAGCGUCCCACCUAUAUUCCCCUCGAGCACUGCACCUUAAUUCCCCUACAGAGGUACACAAAAGCGCUCAACACUUUCCAAAGAUCUGCCCUUGUCGAGAAAUCUAGACAGAAGCCCCAGGAGAGGAUGAACGUUCUGUCCAAAGCACUGAAAGUGAGCAACUAUGACACUGAACCUCUCCUGCGUUCCUGUGGCAUAUCUAUCAGCUCCAACUUUACUCAAGUGGAGGGACGUGUCCUCCAAGCUCCUAAGCUGAAAAUGGGACGUGGAGAUGAACUGUUUCCGCGAAAUGGUCGCUGGAAUUUCAACAACAAGCAAUUUGUUGAGCCAACCAAGAUUGACAAAUGGGCUGUUGCGAAUUUCUCUGCUCGCUGCAAUGUACGUCAGCUGGUUGAUGAUUUAAUGCGAAUCGGUGGAAUGAAAGGAGUUGAAAUCGCUCCUCCUUUUGAUGUAUUUGAGGAGGGUCAUCAGUUUCGCCGUGCUCCUCCUCUUAUUCGUGUGGAGAAGAUGUUUGAAGAGAUCCAGUCUAAGCUCCCUGGUGCUCCACAGUUUAUUCUUUGCCUCCUCCCCGAGAGGAAGAACUGUGACAUUUAUGGCCCAUGGAAGAAGAAAAACCUAACCGAAUACGGCAUUGUUACUCAAUGCAUGGCUCCAGUGAGGCAACCUAAUGAUCAAUAUCUUACAAACUGUCUUCUGAAGAUCAACGCAAAGCUCGGAGGGCUUAAUUCACUGUUAAGUGUGGAGCGAACACCGGCCUUCACGGUGGUUUCCAAGGUUCCAACCAUCAUCCUUGGAAUGGAUGUCUCACAUGGAUCUCCUGGACAGUCUGAUGUCCCGUCCAUUGCUGCCGUGGUGAGUUCUAGGCAGUGGCCUCUAAUCUCCAAGUACAGAGCAUCUGUUCGCACUCAGCCUUCCAAGGCUGAAAUGAUUGAGUCCCUUGUGAAGAAAAAUGGAACUGAAGACGAUGGCAUUAUCAAGGAGUUACUGGUAGAUUUCUAUGCCAGCUCUGGUAAGAGAAAGCCUGAGAAUAUCAUUAUCUUCAGGGAUGGUGUUAGUGAAUCUCAGUUCAACCAGGUUCUCAACAUUGAACUCGACCAGAUCAUAGAGGCAUGCAAGCUUCUAGAUGAGAACUGGAACCCGAAAUUCCUCUUGCUGGUGGCUCAGAAGAAUCACCACACCAAGUUUUUCCAGACGAGCUCUCCUGAUAACGUUCCCCCAGGGACAAUAAUCGACAGCAAAAUCUGUCACCCGAAGAAUAAUGAUUUCUAUCUCUGCGCGCACGCUGGAAUGAUUGGAACAACUCGUCCUACACAUUACCAUGUCCUGUAUGAUGAGAUUCAUUUCUCACCUGAUGAACUUCAGGAGCUCGUCCACUCACUCUCUUACGUGUACCAAAGAAGCACGACUGCCAUUUCUGUUGUUGCACCGAUCUGCUAUGCUCACUUGGCAGCUGCUCAGCUAGGAACGUUCAUGAAGUUCGAAGAUCAGUCUGAGACGUCUUCAAGCCAUGGUGGCGUGACAGCUCCAGGACCAGUCUCUGUUGCGCAGCUCCCAAAACUCAAAGACAACGUUGCCAACUCCAUGUUCUUCUGUUAGCCAUCUCUAAUAAUGUGCAGAAGUCUGAUUUUCUCCAAACUUGGCUCUUAGUAGUAAUCGGCUUUCAAAACUUUCACCUUAGGAUCUUUCUCGGUUUAAAGGCAACGAAACUAAAGGCUUGUUAUGUGUUUUUUUUUUGUGACUUUUCUCUAGCCAUGCUGCCUUUUGGCGAUUGAAAUAUGUUUUUACCCCCGUAACUCUCUCUAUCAGGGUUGUUUCUAGACGACUUAUUGUAUAUCUCCAAGCCUUAGGAAGUGAUGCUUUUGUUACAAUA